AUGGCUGAUUCUGCCACUCAUAAAAAUCCCGAUAAUCCUAACUAUUCACAAGAAAAGACCUUCAGAAACUACACCACUUCGGAUGCCGCUAAAUAUGCUGCCUAUCGUCCAUCCUAUCCACCUAAGCUCAUCGAGCUCGUUCUAUCUAUACACAAUACAACCGGUGGCCAUACCUCUCAUGUCCUCGAUAUAGGUUGUGGCCCAGGGAUAGCAACGCGACAGAUAGCUGAGCACUUCCAAUAUGUCACAGGCAUAGACGCUGGGGCCAGUAUGAUCACCAAAGCUCAGGAGACCCCAUGUUCUAGUGCAACAGGUGAACAGGCGACCUUUCUUGUCAGUAAUUCCGAAGACAUUGACAAGCACUUCGAGCCUGCAAGUAUCGACCUCAUUACAGUUGCUACUGCAGCGCACUGGUUCGACCUACCUAGGUUCUACGCUGCGGCGAGCAAAGUGCUAAGACCUGGAGGCAGUAUUGCGCUCUGGUGUGGCGGGAACUGGUUCGUGGAUCCGAGAACGACACCAAAUGCGGAGCAGGUACAGGCCGUCUGGAGAGAUUUAGAGGAGGAGAUUCUUUCACCGUUCGAUAUGCCUGGGAACAAGCACUGUCGGGAACUCUAUGCCAACCUUGACAUGCCAUGGACCGUCGAUGCCCAGACGCCUGAGUUGAAAGACGAAUUAAGUGUGUACGACCGUGAUGCCUCUGUACGAAGGGAGUUCAAUGCGGACGGACAACCGGACCCAGACCCUAUCUUUGUCGAGAGCAAUGGCUUCAUGAUGUAUAGACGUGGGCCGGUGGACGCUCUGAGCAAAGCUUUAAGCACGUCAAGUUCUGUCACGAGGUGGCGGGAGGCACACAAGCAGCAACUUGCAAGAGGAGAAAUUGAGGAUUGUAUCGCCAAAAUGUUACGUCUGACUAUGGAGACUAUGGGGAAGACUACUCAAGACUUUGAGCAACAAUAUCUUGACUGUGGUGUUUCUAUGAUAUCGCUAUGGAAGAUCAUCAUGCAUUGA